AAGAUGGCCUCACACACAAAGAUGAGCUUAACUCUAAUAACAGCUUUAUUUCUCUCCAGCCUCAACUGGAUCUCUGUCUCAGCCUCUGAGUUUCAGACUGUGGAGGUCCAGUUUGGUGAAGAAGCAACACUCCUGUGCUCCAACUUCACCAGUUCUCCUUCUCAGAUAAUCUGGUUUAGACAAGUCAGCAGAACCCAGCCCCGCUGUAUUUCCUCAAUGUACAAUUCUCUUACACCCGCUUUGUUCUGCAAUGGAUUUGAAGCGACAUCCAACAUCUCCACUGUCUUUCUCAAAGUUAAGCAUGCAGAUUUGUCUGACUCUGGGUUGUAUUUUUGUGGAUUUUCCAUCAACAAAUACUCAGUAAUUGUCAGCGCAACAUAUCUAAAGGUUCAUGAAGAGCCCUGUGAAAUAACAACCCUGGCGAGUGUGAUCCUGAGUGGAGUCACUAUUGUUCUCACGAAGGUCAUCACUGGCCUCGUCGUCAAAAUGAGGCUUCAGACAGAAUCUGGACUCUGACCUGAAAUACCCUGGAAACUCUUAAUUCACGAUCAGAAAGAGUGAGAGACCAUCAGAGAGUGGGAUACGGAAAAAAAAUCAAGUGGGGAAAAAUUACCGUAGGCAAUCUGCUAUUUGGGGCAUGUUAAAAUAUGUAAGUAAGACCACUGUUUUAAGUAAAAGGGCAUUCAGAAGUUUCAGACCCCCACCAAGGCCAAUGUCAAACAACACAUACUAGACUUCUGAGAAAAAAAAAAUCUAAUUCAAAGUAAAUGAUCAGGAUUUGCCCAAAAUGUUAUGGUUGCUCCCCUGGCCCAUGCCUCAGCCCCCCAACAAGGUUGGUGCAAAUCGACUCAGUACUUUUUGUGCAAUUCUAAUGACAAACAAACCAACAAACCAACAAAACCUCAACCUUCUUGGCAGAGGUAAUCAGUAGCAUUACUGCAAUAGAGCCUCUGGCCACCAGUGGCAGCUUUGAGAACAGUGAUGCUGAGCAGCAUUACAGCUGGGACUCAAAUGGCAGAGACUUAAUGUUAUAAAAAUGCUUUCAGUGACUUGCUUCUGUAUUUUUCCCUUCACUUGGCAAAAUCUGCCUUCAGAUUUGUGAAAAGGUGCAGGAAAAAGGACAUUUCAAAUAUUGUGGUGAUUAUCUACCACUAGUUACUGAAGCCAUUUCUGACUUUAGCCAUUUGCUUGGCAUAAAACAUCUCCAUGAAUCAGCUUUAAGACUAUAUUUUGCUCAUCUCAAAAGGUACCGAGAAGGUACACACACUUCAUCCAUCAUCUGUUAUGGGCCCAUGCACCAGAAGAACACAAAGAUCAGUAUUAUUAGUAUAAAACACUUGUCAUGUCAUGAAUUAGAUAAUGUAAGAUAAGUGCUGCCUGAGGAUUAAUGUCCACUCUGAGUUAUGUUUCCCCCUCUAAGCAUCUUGAUACUCUCUGCUCUUUCACCUGUCAACCUAGUGCGAGCAGCCGUGGUGGGCGGGGCAUUCUUUAUCUGGGAAAAUCAUGUUAAACAAAAUAUUAAUCACAGCAGAGAUUUUAACAUAGUCUAAAACUUGUCUGAAGAGGAACUUUCAUCAUAACAGAGAGUAGUUUUACAUACAUACAUAAAGUCCCGGGGAAUUUUAAAGUUGUGCUUGAAAAAUGCAAAACUCCUAAUAUGAUCAAUUAACUAACAAAUGUGUCUGCCAUUUAGCUUAUAAAGAACAAAAACCAGAGCAAAUGUAGGUGACUCCAACUUUAAUUUGAUCUCUGUAUUGAAAUUGUAUUGUCUAGGCUGAUAUUUUAUUUAUGGUUGUAAUGUACAAUUGUAUAAUGUAUUAUUUAUAUACGAGUAAUGCGUGUUCAGUUUAUAUUUUAAAGAUGACAGUUUAACAAGAUGUGGUGAGACCACAGGUUACUGCAGGUGAGAAGAAAAUAAAUGCUGCUGCAUUUCACACACACUGCCAUCUGCAGGAAGUGAAGGGUAUUUUGUGACGCACACAUCACUUCAGGAAGAGAGAGCACAGUGUGGUCUGAGCACAGCCGAAGUGAAAAUCAUGAACCUGUCGCCUCUGAAUAAAGUCUGACAUGAAGUAGAAAUCUCUCUUUUUCUUGUGGCAAAUGAACAUACAGCACAAUAACAUGCUCUGAUGCUUAUUUCGAGGCAAAUCGUUGCGUAUUAUCACUUACGUGUCAACGACCAAACCUAUCGCUGGCAGCAGUAUGUAGUGAUGUGUCGCCAUUUUGUUAAAGUAUGAGGUAUUAAAGAAAAGAGUUAUGAGGCAGGGAACAUCAAACAAAGUUAGACUUUUUUAACAUUUAGGCUGGAAGAUUAAAAAAAUCAUUUACAGGGUUAACUUAGUCUCAUUCUCUUUGUGGCUCUGAUGCACUUUUGUCUGAAAGUUUUUAAGUUGUUAGCCUGAGUGAGGCAGUUGUCAAAAGACACACCUAUCUUGUUACACUUUGAGCACUCUGACUAGAGAACAGUUCAGCACUGCAGUCUUACUCUACAUUUUAUCAUGGACCUAACCUUUAUUCUGUAAGUUUGUCGGACCAAUACGGCUGUAGAACAAUUUCUAACAAAUUUCUCCAAAACAGCAACGGCACUGAAACAACAAAAAAUGUUUGUUAAUUGCAAAACUGAUUCAGACUGAAUCUUUGCUUCUAAGCAUUUCUAUUGUCCUUCUGAGCGACCAGAUCAACAGAAGAACAGCCCGCCUCUUUACGCCGACACCACUCUCACUGGAGAACAGUUCAAGUUCACAGUCACCUACUCUGAAGUGGUGCAGUCCUACUGUACACGCAACGAUGAACUUCAACUUGGUAACAGCUUUACUCUUCACCUGCAGCUGGAUCUCUGUCUCCGUCUCUGAGUUUCACACUGUGGAGGUCCAGUCUGGUGAAGAAGUCACACUGAUGUGUACCAACUUCACCAGUUCUAUCAGUCACACACUCUGGUUCAGACUGGACAACAGACCCAAUGCCACCUGCAUCUCCUCCAUGUCCAGCUCUAAUGCCAAUGUUACGUUCUGUGAUGGAUUUCAAAAUGGAAAGUUUAACAUGACAUCCAACAUCACUACCCUCUUUCUCCAGAUCAAACAAGUGGAUUCAUCCGACUCUGGACUCUAUUUCUGUGGAUCUAACUGGAACAAUUGGUCAACAAUUGUCAGUGCAACGUACUUAAAGGUUCAAGAAGAGUCUGUUGAACUAGCAACUCUGACGAGUGCGAUCCUGAGUGCUCUGGUUAUUUUCCUCAUUAUCGUCGUCAUUGUUCUGGGUCUCAAAAUCAGGAAACUUCACACAGAUUUAAAGGAAGAGGGACACAAUCCACAACACAGCCAGAAUCCAAGCUCUGCUGAUGUGACCUAUGCAGCGCUGGGUUUCCUUAAGAGAGCCAGAAAGAGCAGAGGGUCUGUAUCAGAGAGACAGCUGGAGCCUAAUGUUGAGUACACUGCCACCAGAUAGACUCAGGAAACCUCUGGAACAGCUGCUCAGUUACCGUCACUGUCAAAAAAAAUGUUGUAAUAAAGAUUGUAUGUUCAUGCAAAUUGUGAAAUCUCAUUAUCCAUCAGUAUCUGAGGGCAAAAGAAUAUGAUUGCUCCAAGCCAGUAAAGACACUGGUGACUGUUCAGACUCUCUGACACUGAGAGUUAGAUGGAGGUCUGCAGCAGUGAAGGAGUGAACGAGCCACACUUAGCUAGUUUGACAGGAAGAGACAGCAGAGUGUGGUCUGACCACGGCUGAGGUGGAAAUCAUGAGCUCUGUUAGGCUUCAUCGUGACGAUGAAGGUCUUCUAACCUUGAGAAAACAAAAGCGCUAUCUUCUCUUUCCGUAUUGGUUGCACAAUGACAGACGCUCUUCUUUUGUGCAGUAAAUGAAGCCAACAGAAUUUCACCGUGAAAGUGGGUCUUAUAGGGAACUAGUCUAUACGCUGAUGAUGUCAUUAUUCUAUAGCCUUACAUUGUGCGAUUAACAUUUACUUCAUAAUAAUACGCUGAAGCAAAGAAAAAAAACAGACAAAACAAAAAAACAGUCUAUUGUCACUUUAAAUAUUGUUACAAACUCACUUGAGAGCCUUUUGACAGAAUUGAGCUUUAAGCAGAACAGGUAGCGACUGACUAACAUGCACUCGUAGAGUGGAGUUUUUACUUGUAGUGUCUUUAAAGUGAGGGCAUGACAGUAAAGUCUCCAACUACUAUUUGUACAAAUAUUUAAGGAUGUGGUUCAUACCUGGGAAUAAUCACUUUGGAAAAUUAGUUUUCAAAUAUGACUUCCCCCCCAAAAAAAAGUUUCUCUUGGCACAAUCUGGGGCUACUACUCGACAUCCAACUUGCUACGUAACACUUUACUGUAGGUGUGGCCGACAAAGCGUUAGUUUUGGUACGAGAUGCUGGUGGCCUGGUGCGACAUCUAGUGGCAGUGGCGAUCGUUGACAGAACUUUUUAAGAUCCUUAAAUUAGAAAGAGUCUCCCAUUUGCUUGUAGACAACGUACUCGGGUCUCUUCCAUUUCAUUUGGUGAUUCCCAAACAGCUGCAUCUUUCCGAACAGAAUCAACAGAAUCAAGUCUUCAAGAAGGUAACACGGCAAGAGGCUCGUCAGACUGAGCAGCCAUUAUAACCGUCAAAGGUCAGGUGGAAACGCAAUAUUGUAAAAGUUUGAUUGUGUUGCUGUUGUUGUGGGAAAGGGUUGAGUUCAAUGACAGUUACUUAACAUAAUGAACCUCUUUCACCUGUCAACCUAGUGCAAGCAGCCAUGGUGGGCGGGGCAUUCUUUAUCUGGGAAAAUCAUGUUAAACAAAAUAUUAAUCACAGCAGAUAUUUUAACAUAGUCUAAAACUUGUCUGAAGAGGAACUUUAAUCAUAACAGAGAGUAGUUUUACAUACAUACAUAAAGUCCCGGGAAAUUUUAAAGUUGUGCUUGAAAAACUUGCUUGCAAAACUCCUAGUAUACUAAAGACAAUGAUCAAUUAACUAACAAAUGUUUCUGCCAUAGGCUGCACGGUAGUGCAGUGGUUAGCGCUGUCGCCGCACAGCAAGAAGGUUCCAGGUUUGAGUCCCGGCUCGGCCGUGGGAUCUUUCUGUGUGGAGUUUGCAUGUUCUCCCCGUGCCAGUGUGGGUUCUCUCCGGGUACUCCGGCUUCCUCCCACAGUCCAAAGACAUGCAAAUGGGGACUAGGCUAAUUGGAUACUCUAAAUUGACCAUAGUUGUGGCUGUGAGUGUGAAUGGUUGUCUGUCUCUAUGUGUUUGCCCUGCGAUGGACUGGCGACCUGUCCAGGGUGUACCCCGCCUCUCGCCCGAAAAGAUGCUGGGAUAGGCUCCAGCCCCCCCGCGACCCUACUAGAGGAUAAGCAGUAGAAAAUGGAUGGAGGUUUCUGCCAUUUAGCUUAUAAAGAACAAAAACCAGAGCAAAUGUAGGUGACUCCAGCUUUAAUUGUAUCUCUGUUUGGAAAUUGUAUUGUCUAGGCUGAUAUUUCAUGUAUGGUUGUAAUGUACAAUUGUAUAAUGUAUUAUUUUUAUACGAGUAAUGCGUGUUCAGUAUAUAUUUUAAAGAUGACAGUUUAACAAGAUGUGGUGAGACCACAGGUUACCGCAGGUAAGAAGAAAAUAAAUGCUGCUGCAUUUCACACACACUGCCAUCUGCAGGAAGUGAAGGGUAUUUUGUGACGCACACAUCACUUCAGGAAGAGACAGCACAGUGUGGUCUGAGCACAGCCGAAGUGUAAAUCAUGAACCUGUCGCCUCUGAAUAAAGUCUGACAUGAAGCAGAAAUCUCUCUUUCUUGUGGCAAAUGAACAUACAGCACGAUAACAUGCUCUGAUGCUUAUUUCACGGCAAAUCGUUGCGUAUUAUCACUUACGUGUCAACGACCAAACCUAUCGCUGGCAGCAGUAUGUAGUGAUGUGUCGCCAUUUUGUUAAAGUAUGAGGUAUUAAAGAAAAGAGUUAUGAGGCAGGGAACAUCAAACAAAGUUAGACUUUUUUAACAUUUAGGCUGGAAGA